AUGGGCCAAAGCCAGUCUCAAGCAGCGGAUCAACCUCUAGAGCCGCAACUUAGCCAGGAGGAACGCUCACAACUGCAAGCCGAGAUGCGCGCAAAGCAGCAGGCGGCCCUCGACAAGCAGGCGUGCUUCCUCACGGAGCUAUCAAGAGUGCAAGGAGCCAAGGGGCCCGCGGGGAAGCGCAUCCGCGCUAGCGGAUUAGUCAUCAUAAGCCGCAACCCAGCCCCAAAUCAUCGUAACUUUCUAUUGCACUCAUGCACCCAGCUCGUCAUCGCCACUAUGACGGAACAGCGCGUCGCAAAGCGCAAGACUCACACCAAGUCGCGAAAAGGAUGCUUCCAAUGCAAACAGAGACAUACCAAAUGCAAUGAAGCGCGCCCCCGCUGUGGAAAUUGUGUUCGCUUGGACAUUCAUUGCCAUUUUCCAUCAAUGCCAGACAGCUACUCAACAUCUCCACAAAACAGCCCAGGUGUCUCCUCGCCUUUUGUUGAUGCACAUCAUGCCGAAAGUCCUGAAGCAAGUCCGACUAAUACCGAACUGCCACUCGCUGAUCUGCGUCUGUUGCAUCACUGGACAAAGUCGUGCGCAAAGUCGUUGCAUCCAAACCCUGCAAUCCGGAGUGUCGUUUGGCAGAACGAGUUCAUCGAGUUGGGCUUCGAGUACCCUUUCCUCCUUCGCGGCUUCUUGGCUCUUUCAGCAGUUCAUAAAGCAUCCUUGCUUCCGCCCAGCGAAAGACAGGGCCUCCUGCUCCAGGCAGACUCACAUAUCAGCCAUGCAUUAGAUACCUAUCGAAAGAAUCUAGAGACGCCAAACGUUGAGCUGGCGAUACCGAUGUUUAUGUUAUCCUCGGUCAUCCUAACUUACAACUUCGGUUCAGCACAGCUUGAGCGUCCCGAAGACCCCAUUCGUGCGCUUCACCACUGCUUUAUGCUACUACAAGGCAUCAAAAUUGUAGUAAUUCCUCACUGGGAUCGGAUCAAAGAUAGCUCUGUAUUCGCUCACAUGACGGACAUGGCGCCCCCAGAAGCUUUGGAUGCACUGGACACGCUUGCAAGGGAAGAGAACCCCCAAGAGAUUCUCCGGCUCAAAGAGCUUACCGAACUUCUGCUGGACAGUCAGGAUAAAGAAGCCUGUGCCACCGCUAUCGACGAACUCCACACGCAUUGCUUUGUAUCACAACUGAACAUGUCCGACAACACAUACCGACCGGCACUCGACGACCCUAACGCAUACGUUCUCUACCGGUACAUUCCCUCAACAGUAGCGGCGAUUGUUUUUGUGGUUGUAUUUGGUCUCACCACCUUGGCCCAUGUUUUCCAACUCAUCAAGAAGAAGACAUGGUACUUCACACCUCUCGUGGUCGGAGGUCUAUUUGAGGUCAUAGGAUUUAUCGGGCGCUACCUCUCGCAUGAUGAUGUUUGGGCACUCGGACCGUUUAUCAUGCAGUCGCUACUCAUUCUACUUGCUCCAGCACUGUUCGCGGCGUCUAUCUACAUCAUACUAGGUCGAAUCAUCCUGCUGGUGGAUGGAGAGCGAUAUUCUCUGGUGCGACAGAAGUGGCUCACGAAGUUAUUCGUUACAGGAGAUGUGCUCAGCUUCCUGAUGCAAGGCUCAGGCGGCGGUAUCCAAGCGAUGGGUACGCUAGACGCCUUACAUACCGGCGAGCAAAUCAUCAUCGGCGGUCUUUUCGUCCAAUUGAUCUUCUUCGGCCUUUUCAUCGUCGUGUCGGGAGUUUUCCACUACCGCCUUGUUAGAGAUCUUCCUCUAAAGAAGCGCUAUAGUCCGUUGUCGCUGUUCAAAUCUCGGAGAUCCAGCCCAAGCAUACACACCUCAUCCACCGUACCCAGGGCCAGUCUAUCUGAAUUACCUUGGAAGCGCCACCUCUACACUCUAUACCUCGCAAGCGCUCUCAUUAUGGUGCGAAGUAUCUUCCGCGUCGUAGAGUACAUCCAAGGGAACGCAGGAUAUCUACUCAGCCAUGAGGUAUACCUCUAUAUCUUUGAUGCCACACUUAUGUUCUUUGUCAUGCUGGCAUUCAACUGGACCCAUCCAAGUCAAAUUACAGACGCGUACCAGAAGAGACUACGAAGCGGCUCGCCCAUUGAGCUCCAACAUUCCCAUGAUACAGCGACAGGCGCGGAUGAGGAACAUAUGCUAGAGAGUCGGGAGGCGAAGAAUAGUGUACGCACUGGUGGCUGGGUUCCUUCUCAAUGCUAA